UCUCAGCAGUGCAAAUCCUAGUGUUUAAUAUAUCCUGAGAAAUGAAAAAUACUGCCAAAUUUUCAUCCAACUGAUGGAAGUCAGAUUUCUGAGGUUUGGCUAUAAUUUAAAAUAAAGACAUUUCAAAAUGACGCUUCUAAAAACUGUACUAAAAUGAAUGGAUAUAAAAGCACCUGUUUUUCCAUAAUCCGGGUAACAGAUUUUUGCCAUUUUAAAGACACUUCCAGCUAAUAUUUUCUGAGUGACAUUUAUAUGUAGGAAUGCCUAUAAACUGUUUAAAAAAAUUACUUUAGUGGGUCUGUCCUAUAGGUUAAGUUGUGCUGGUAUCAACUUCUAUUGGCAAUUGUUUGUGCCUUAGGAAAGGCCAUCAUUAUUGAACACAUGGCUAUCCUGGGUGACUUAUCAUAAUGGUUUUCUGAGCAUGGACAGUUUUUAUUUUGUUUAAUGAUUCAGACUGCUACUUUCCUUGCAAAUUAGUGUUGUCUUUUUUUCUGCCAGCCUGGAAUUUGAUAUGGAUUAUAUGCAGAUUCAGACAGAUUUAUUAGUGGCUGAUAAAUAUUGGUCGACCAAAUUUGCGGUGAAUAAAGGCAGACAGUAUUGCCAGAGAUAUUUUGCAUGCUUUUCUAAAGUUUGCUAUGACAGUGACCUUUGUCAUUGCCAGUUGGCUGUAGGAGUAACAGGAGCACCCACCUGAUCAUGUGGCUUAAAGCCUUUUGCCAUUGGUGGCAUUUUGGACUUUUCAGUCAUGGGUUGGUAGCACCAGGCUUGUUGGAGACAGACUGGGCUCACUGGCUAAAAGGGAUAUCUCCUGGAAACUCCAGCAGAGGAGAGGGGGCAGUCCUGGAGUGUGCAGAAGAGAGCUUCCUGACACAAGUGAUCAGGAAAAGAAGGCCUACGCCAGCAUCACUCGUCAUCAUGAACGAGCACAUGCCCCCAGAAAAGGACGAGAAGAGAACAAACAUCUCACAGGCAGAGUCGCAGAGUGCCUCUCCCAAGCAGAGGAAGCAGAGCGUCUUCACCCCGCCUGCCCUCAAAGGGAUUAAGCAUCUGAAGAGUCAGAGUGAGUCAGUGUUUCCAGAAGAAGAAGAGGGACUUGGCGAGCGGGAAGAGGAGUGGGGCCAUUAGCCAGCGCGGAGCUGCCCCGAGCCCGGAGCCCCUGCCCUGCCCUCGGCCCCUCCGUGUCCUGCCCCGCCCGGGGGUUCUGCAGGCACUGCACACGUGUCCUGGGGCCCUUCUUCUCCGAGACAAAACUCUUAUUUUAAAGUCAUUUUUUUUCUUUUAUUUUCUAUGACUUAGACAUGUCAUUUGCAAAUGUGUUAGCUCCCUGACGUCAGUACUGCCAGAGCUUAACUACUGCGUGUGAGCUGUAUCUAAGGCUUGUUGUAAAUAAAAGUGAUUUAAAAGGUACAAAAUAAAUAAUACAUUAAUUUAGACAAGAUUGUCUCUUGUACAGAGGCUUUGUCUUGCUACAGGGAAAUGUUCACAUAAAAUGAUCCCUUCGGUUAAGGACAGUUUUUAACCUUGUUGGUAGAGUUACUUGCAGUGAUGUGGAUAGAAAAAAGGAAACCAAGCAGAGGUGACUCUGUCUGGAGAACGAUGCAAAGACACUCUUCCCUCUAUUCCCUGGAUAUGGGACACUGAAAUACUUGCCUUGCUUUUGGUCUGAGGCUGCCUUGUCACAGCAGCCAAAAUGAUUUCUCUCUACACAAGAUCACUGUUAUCUGGAGGCAGUAAAACACCUUUCAGUGGGGGACAGGUGUGUGCAAGGCCUGGGAGCAGGGUCCCAGCCCCAGCUGAGCCAUGGGAAGUGCCACAUCCCCCUUUGUCACCUGCAGACAGGACAGGUGACAGCCUUCCUACCCUGCAUAUGGCUCAGUCUGAGCCAGUGAGUGACAGCACUGCAACCUGCACAAAUUCCCCUUGUGAAUGAGUCCCAGGGUUUUGGCUGAAGUCAGCAUGGCUCAUAACAUCCUUUUUAUUUUUUGGACUACAAAAACUCUAUGGCAUAAAAUGGAAUAAGGUGGAGAAGGAAAAAAAAAAAUGUUUCUUCAAAGUCACACUUAACAGAUUACUUCAAUUUUUCAAUCAAUGGCAGAUUUUUAAAUUAAUUCACUGUCAUUUUGUAUUAACUGUUUGACUUUGAUACAAAAGUUUUAUCCUCACUUUAACAUUCCACUCAUGCAAGUCUCUUUUAAAGGGUUGAGCUAGCAAAAAAACUCAAACAAAAUAUAUUAAAUAUAAGAAAACACAGAGCCUUUUGUCAAUGCCUUGCAUGGUGAUUUCACUGAUUUCACAAUCCGAGGUCUUCCACAAAGACCUGCUGGGAACAGGAUCUGUUGACUAGUGUUUCUUUAUAUUUAAGAGCCAUUUUUUCCCUCCCUCUGUGUCUCUGUAUCCUGCCCUCUUUGGUUCCAUUUUCUGUAGAAACACUGCAGACAGGAUCCACGAUUCCAGCUCAGCAAGGGUGUGCAAGAAGGACUAAAGAAGGAUUCUGCAAUUAUACAGGAGCCGCUACAGGACUUACAGGACUGAGAGCUGUUUAUGUCCCAAACAACAAAAAUAAGGAAAUGACCCUUCAGGAACUGUUUGAAUGGCCCCAGGUCUGGUGUGGAAUGGCAGCAAGAAGAGCUGGGCUCUGGUCCCAGCUCUGCCAUGGCUUUGCUUGCUCACAGCACCAGGCUCUUCACAAAACUGCUCAUUGCCACAAUACUCCUAAGCUGCCCCGUUGG